AUGAAGUCUCAGGCUCUUUUCUCGUCUGUCGUCGCUCUGGCCGGCACGUCCGCCAUUGCUCAGCCCCUGACGGGCAUGCCUCCCCCUGCGGCUGCCCCGCCUCGCGACAAGGUCUUCACCAAGUCUGAGCCUUUCAACAUUGUCGUGUCGGAGAGCUCCAACUCCACGGUCGUCGGGUGGAUCCUCGGCGCUUGUCACGCCGGUGCUGGUAUCGAGGGCCUCUGCGUCUCCAACGACAGCCCAUCGCCUCCCAGCACCACCUUCACCCACAACACCACGGGCGACUCGGAGCCCAUCGCCGGCCCGCUCAUCUGGGAGCUGCCGACCAAGCUCAACGGCAUGCCGACAACGCUGCCAUCAUCCAUGUCACUGAGCUACGUUGCGUGGUCUGACGUGGCCAUCCCCAUGUUCAAGCCCGGCUACUCCGACACCCCCAUCGGCUUCGAUGAGGACGACAAGAUGUUCCUGGUCGCCUAUGGUGACGAUGGCGUCCACGAGCCCGACGAUCAGACCAAGGCGAUUCGCGUGGAUGAGGCUCGCAAGAUGUACAACUGGUAUGUCUGCUGGACUUACAUCGGCAGCUACUACUACCACGCCCUCACGUGGUCGACCUCGCACCCCCCGCAGAACCCGACCUGCAAUGCCGCGAACGUCACUCGCAAAUUCCUUGAACCCUCGCUGGAGCCCGAGGAGUCGGAGGAGUCCUUUCUCCAUGCCAAGCCCGAGCCUCUGGAGGACAACGACCUGGUCGAGCCUUCAGAGGUGGUCCAGGAGUCUGAUGAGGCGGCCGACGCGGCCAAGUCCACUGAGGCUGAGGAAGACAAGGCGGCUGAGGAGGACAAGAAGACUGUGGCGACCGAGGACAAGGAGACUGAGACGGCCGAGGAGAAUUGAGCAAGGAUGAUCAGCACAGAAGGGUUGAGUCGCAGCCCUGCUUCCAGGCAGCGGAGACUUUUGUUCUGAGAUGCAAGGUAACGAACGACAGGCGUGGGAGGACUGGUCCUGGUAAUAAAUGGACAGGGAAUUAAUUGUUUUGGAGGCACUGCAUUAGUAGCAGUAUACGAGUGAAAUCCAC